UGUCAUCUAGUGGUGAAAACGCCGCACAAUCACACGUUAUUUCUGUAGCCACGUCCUGACCGUUAGCCGAUAUACUAUGAAGUCAAACUGCUGUAUUUAAUUUCGAAGCGCACGGUCACGUUAAAAAUGACUGGAGCUUGAGCUAAACAGCAACUUGAAAUGUUUCCACGGAGAUAGCUCGUUGUUACACUGACUGACCAGCCUGCCUGAGUGUUGUGGAGCAGGGCUGCCUUGUAGCCAGUCAAGAUGGACACCGCCGAGGAAGCAGAUAUCUGUCGGGUUUGUCGGUCGGAGGGCACCCAGGACAAGCCGCUCUACCACCCCUGUGUCUGCACCGGCAGCAUCAAGUUUAUUCAUCAGGAAUGCUUAUUGCAGUGGUUGAAACACAGCAGGAAAGAAUACUGUGAAUUAUGCAAACACAGGUUUGCAUUUACACCAAUCUACUCUCCAGACAUGCCGUCUCGCUUGCCUGUCCAGGACAUCUUUGCAGGGCUGGUCACCAGUAUUGGAACAGCCAUCAGAUACUGGUUCCACUACACACUGGUGGCCUUUGCCUGGUUAGGCGUGGUGCCUCUCACAGCAUGUCGCAUCUACAAGUGUUUAUUUACUGGCUCCGUGAGCUCUCUCCUUACCCUGCCAUUAGAUAUGCUUUCAACGCAAAACCUGCUUGCCGACUGCCUCCAGGGCUGUUUUGUGGUCACUUGCACGUUGUGUGCCUUCAUCAGCCUAGUGUGGCUCAGAGAGCAGAUUGUCCAUGGUGGCGCCCCUCAGUGGUUGGAGCAGAAUCCACCCCCUCUAGUUCCAAACCAGCCCAACGGUCCCGCACCAGCUAACGAGGUUCCAGAUGGUAACAUUGGCGUCAAUGCUCAGGCUGCUGCAGAAGCCCAGCACCCUGCAGACAUUGCCCCAGAUGGGCUGGCACCUGCCAACCCACAUGAAGCCGGCAAUCACAGAGAUGAAGGCGAACUCGACGAUGAAGAAGAUGAGGACGAUGGAGAGGAAGACGAAGAGGAGGAUGAUGAUGAAGAAGGCAGGGAAGAGGACGCUGGUGAUGCAAAUAAUGGAGGGCAAGAAGAUUUGAACUGGAAUGCCCUGGAGUGGGACCGUGCUGCAGAGGAGCUGACCUGGGAAAGGAUGCUGGGGCUGGAUGGCUCCCUGGUUUUCUUGGAGCACGUGUUCUGGGUGGUGUCUCUCAACACACUCUUCAUCCUGGUUUUUGCUUUUUGCCCGUAUCACAUUGGCCAUUUCUCUGUGGUCGGACUGGGCUUUGAAGACUAUAUCAAAGCUUCACACUUUGACGGCCUCGUCACCACCAUACUGGGGUACAUCCUCCUGGCUGGAGCCCUCAUAAUCUGCCAUGCACUGGCUUCAUUAGUGAAGUUUCAGCGGUCCAGACGCCUCCUGGGAGUCUGCUACAUUGUUGUCAAGGUGUCCCUGCUUGUUGUCAUGGAGAUAGGCUUGUUUCCGCUGAUUUGUGGUUGGUGGCUCGACAUUUGCUCACUGGAGAUGUUUGAUGCAACUCUGAAAGACAGGGAGCAGAGUUUUGAUUCAGCCCCCGGUACCACAAUGUUCCUCCACUGGUUGGUUGGCAUGGUCUACGUCUUCUACUUUGCUUCCUUCAUCCUUCUGCUCCGGGAGGUGCUCCGGCCGGGCGUGCUGUGGUUUCUGAGGAACCUGAAUGAUCCAGACUUCAACCCGGUCCAAGAGAUGAUCCACCUGCCCAUCUACAGACACCUGCGGAGGUUUAUUCUCUCUGUGGUGGUGUUUGGCUCCAUAGUUCUGCUGAUGCUUUGGCUUCCUAUCAGAAUCAUUAAACUGCUCUUCCCAAACUUCCUGCCCUACAACGUCAUGCUGUACAGCGACGCCCCGGUCAGCGAGCUCUCACUAGAGCUGCUGUUGCUUCAGGUUGUCCUACCAGCACUGCUGGAGCAGGGUCACACUCGCCAGUGGCUCAAACGGCUCGUCCACGCCUGGACAUUCACCGCUGGAUACAUGCUAGACCUUCACUCCUACCUGCUGGGGGACCACGAGGAUGAUGACAAUCAACCAAACAACAAUCCUCCCGGUCGCAACAACAACAGGAUCCCUGGCCUGGGGGAGGGGCUUCACGCUGCUCACCAGGCCAUACUGCAGCAGGGCGGUCCUGUGAGUUUCCAGGCGUACCAUCGGCCUGUCAACUUCCCCCUCAAGAUCAUUCUGCUGGUUGUAUUUAUGUGCGUGACACUGUUACUGGCUAGUCUGAUCUGCCUUACACUUCCAGUGUGUGCGGGUCGCUGGCUGAUGUCUUUCUGGAUGGGCAGUGCCAUGGUUCACGAGCUGUACACAGCGGCCAGCGGACUGUAUGUCUGCUGGCUGUCCAUUCGAGCUGCCACUGUGAUUCUGUCCUGGAUGCCACAGGGGCGGACAAUCAUCAUGGUCAAAGUCCACGAGUGGACGCUCAUGAUCCUAAAGACCAUUGUGGUGGCUGUGCUAUUAGCUGGGGCGAUUCCUUUGCUGUUGGGUCUGCUGUUUGAGCUGGUCAUCGUGGCUCCUCUUAGAGUCCCACUGGACCAGACGCCUCUCUUCUACCCCUGGCAGGACUGGGCCCUGGGCGUGCUCCAUGCUAAAAUCAUUGCUGCCAUCACACUCAUGGGCCCUCAGUGGUGGCUCAAAACUGUCAUCGAACAGGUGUAUGCUAACGGUAUCCGAAACAUUGACCUCCAUUUCAUUGUGCGAGGACUGGCUGCCCCAGUCAUCUGUGUCCUGCUGCUGUCUCUCAGUGUGCCCUACACUAUCUCUAAAGGCAUUACACCACUGCUGGGUGUGCAGCCAGAGAUGCAGAUGCUGGUGGAGAGGAGGAUCUAUCCCUUCCUGCUGAUGGUAGUCAUACUGUUGGCCAUCCUGUCCUUCCAGAUCCGACAGUUCAAACGCCUCUAUGAGCACAUCAAGAACGACAAGUACCUGGUUGGACAGCGACUGGUGAACUACGAACGCAAGACAGGCAGGAGCACGUCCACUUCCACAUACAGCACCUCCUCAUAGACGACACACAGCUGUGGGAUUGGUGGAGCUGAGUCACUUUGCUAUCAUCAGCUCCUGUGGUGAAACAUUUUUUUGUUUCCUCUGUGCUGUCAAAUGCCAACCUCUUAACUUUUGGCUGCAGCUUCUUAUUCACCAACAUCUACUGCUGUCACAGGCUGGCAGACAGAGACAGAGUAAAGACAAAAUAUUCACUAAACUUCCUCAUGGAAAAGUUGAAUUUCUGAAAAAGGUUGUUCACCGACCUGAAAAAACAGUCCGCAUGAUUGAAACUCAGCAGAAUCACAAAGUUGCCGACUGUCUAAUGUGUCCGUUUUUGUCUUCAAUGCAGCUGACAUUUUAUUUUUUUGUGAUUUUAUUAUUUUAAAGGUUUGAGUUGGAAGUCAGAUCAGUGAAGCACAGUUUUUACCUCAAAUUUGUGCUCCCCUGUGAAUGUUUGUCGUGAAAUAUUAUCUAGCUCUCACUCAGUGUCUCUUAAUGGGACGUAUUUGACAUUUCAGAACUGGAGAGGCGAUAUUUAGAUUAACAUGGGUUCUGUUCCAAUUGUUGAUGCGUCUCAAAUGGCGCUUCAUCAGAUUGAGGUUGUCAGUGAUUAGUAGGGACAUACAUGAUGUAGCAAUGUGAUUGUAUUUUUUUUUCUUUUUAGAUGUUUUUUAUUGAUUUUUAGUGUUACAUUUUUGGAGUGAGCUGUUAGAUAGUCCUAUGAGAAUUCCUUUGAAGUAGAAAGAAAAGAAGAAGAAAAUUAUGUUUUGGGUUUUUUUGGACAAUCUGGACACAGCCAAGGACAUGGUUUUUUUAAGAUGUGCUGUGAAAUUUAAAAACUGGGUUGCAAGGUACCUUCCUGAGCAAAUCCGCCUUCGGGAGAGGAGAGGUCACUAAGUUUCAACUAUAAAUAUUUCAACUGGAAAAAAGCCUCAGAACAUUUCAAAAUAUGCAUGUUUUACAUCCUGAGAGUGACGCUAAUUUUACACAUUUAUUUUGAUGGAAAUUUUAAAAAUGGUGCUGCUAAUAAGCUGCUCAGAUCAUAUUCUGUAAAUAAAGAUGGACACCUUACAGCUCCCCGACAGUGAAGCCAAAACAUCUCAAUCGCCCCCUGGUGGCCGGCUGCAAUUUAGGUCACAAACCCCGCCCCCUCAGUGUUUGUGGAUUGGCCCAACAGAAAACUCAAAGUCCACUGUCCCUGUCCCUGAUGUUAGUUCAGGUAUUUGUUUCUCUGAUAGUUUGGUUUUAAUUAGUUAUUUAAUGCUAUAGAAAUGCAGUUUGACGCCACGUCCAGGCCCUUUCCCUUAAGGUUAAAGUUACAUUUCAUACCAUUUGUUUACGCCUGCAUGCCACCUUUUAAAGACACUGCUCACAUAUUUACCUGACAGAAACAAAAAGAAGGAAAACCAAAUGUUAAACUGGCCAAUACUUAGUGGCACAUAUGUUCCUCAUAGCUAAUGACUGACUUGAUAAUAUAGAUAGUGACAGUUCACUGUAAAGUAAAAGGAAUGCGUAGAAAUGAGAGUUGGAAACAUAUUUAAAAUGCCCUGCGCCCUGCUUUUUUUAAUAAUCACUUUUUU